UUUUCGCCACCCGUUGAAGGUCGCGAAGGCGGUGGCGAACAACAACAACAGCAGCAACAAAAGCAAAGGGGCUGAGUGCAUGCGCACAAAACACACGACACCAGCAGUGCAGUGACGCUUGGAGUGAGUUCUGUGCGCGAGUGCGGCACCGCAGUGGAGUUGUUGGUGAAACGCAGCGCAGCCCAGACGCUGGUACGCCCAGAGUGAGCAGCAUCAUGUCUGGCUGGCGGUACGGAGGGAGCAAGGCAAAGGAGGAGGCCAUGCUUCAACGGUUGGACGCGCUGGCAAAACAGUGGGCAGAGCGACAUGAUCGCAUGCAGGAGCGUGUGGAACAGCUGGAGCAGACGGUGGAGGACAGGAACAAGCACAUUGCGCUGCUGACAGACCAGGUGGAGGAGCUCUCCUUCAGACUCAAGGUCGUGGAGAGCCAGCAGGCGCCGCUGCAGUCCACCCCAUCCUCCACAGCAACGCUCCUCGGCACAUCGGGCGCAUCCCUGCCACCCCUCACCGCAGGGCCAACCCCAUCCGCACCAGAAAGCAGACGAGGCUCUCGCCGUCAGCUCCGACGAAGACACACCGCAGCAGGCACCCUCGAGCGCCGCGGAUCUUUCUGCAGCACGGACGCACACGAAUCUGCGUUAUCGCGGCGGAGUUCCACCCGCAGCGUUUCGCACGACGAAUCACUCGUGCGACCGCUCGAUCAAAACUCAAUCACGGGACAGCCCGUUUUCACCAUCUCCGCUUAUGGAGUGGACAGUGCCAUAGUUGGGCCGGCAAAUUACCAGCACAAUGAGGACGACCUACGCAUGCCCACGGAGAAGGUUGAGCUGGAGCGCGUGUACGGAUAUCAGGGGCGGCGGUGUCGCAACAACCUGCACUAUAUCCAGGGUGGUGACAACGCCAGCAGCAGCACCCUGCACCUCACUUACAACGUGGCGAGUCUUGGUGUUGUGCUGGAUGCGGCGACGGGAAAGCAACGCUACUACAUCGGCCACAACCAGGAAAUCAGAUGUCUGACUGUGCAUCCCCAGGAGGACGUCGUUGCCACUGGACAGAAAAGCGGACUCACCCGCGCAUCUGCUGCGCACAUCCGGCUGUGGAGCGGGUCAUCCCUGGAGACGGUGCGUGUGCUGGGUGGCGACAACCAACUCGGCGACGCGGUCACGUGUCUGGCAUUCUCCUCCUUUGAACCGGAUGUCUUGGCCAGCGUGCACGAGUCAGAUGGGGGCAUGCAACACCUCAUCAUCUGGAACUGGCGAUCAGGCACCCCGCUCGCUGAGGCAAAGGCCAUCCACCCUGAGCCCAUCUUCACGCUUGCGUUCAACCCGCGUAUGCCGACGCUCGUCACCGCUGGCAAGAACGCCCUCACAUUCUGGAACAUCGCCACGGCGCAAGCUACAACGACAACAGCCCCAACAACGACGACACCAGGUGCACCACCACCACCAUCGUCGUCGUCGUUGCUGUUGUCGUCAUCAACAUCAUCGACACAACAAGACAGUCCGCCUUCGCCAGGCAUCGCCCGCGUCACGCUGACGAAGCGACCAGCACUGUACCAGCCACACCCACGACCAAAGGCUGUGCUUGCUGUGAUGUUUGCGCCGAGCGGGCGGACGAUCACGGGUGAUUCAAACGGGAGCAUUCUCGUGUGGAAACGGCCAGUCCCAACAUACAACGUUGAGCGGCGCAUUGAGGAUGCGCACGUGGGCGGCGUGUAUUGCCUGCAGGCAACGGAGUUUGGUUUCAUCUCUGGUGGCAAGGACAACCUCGUCAAGCUCUGGACAUGGGACUUUGAGAUGUUCCCGAUUGAUGCUGGCGAGGUGAACACGAUUGAUGUCGGCGCGUGUGUGCGCUGCAUCGCUUGCGUCCCAACAGUCGACGGCCCAAGCCUCUCCCAGUUUGUGGUGGGGACCACGGCGAACUUUGUCGUGUUUGUGGACGCCGGCGCGGGCAGCGUUGGACAGCUCGUACCGGGACACGCCGACGACGUGACGUGUGUGCGUGCGCACCCCCGCAAAGCAAACACGAUGCUCACUGUCUCUGCCGACGGGUCUGUCCGGGCCUGGGACACCGCCACCCAUACCGAGCUCUGGCGUCGGCACUCGUUUGUGGUGGAGGACGAGGAAGAGGACGAGGUACCCGUAUCCGGCGACUUUCACCCCAUCACAGAUGACGUGGCUGUUGGGUCGAGCACGGGCACGCUCUACAUUUUGGACGCAGCAGGCGCCGUGUCACACACGCUGUCGCAGGCCAAGUCUGCCGUUACAUGCGCAUCGUAUUCCCCGUCUGGCGCCUUCCUCGCCUGCGGAACAAAGCACGGAUUCUUGCACAUUUACACAACCGCAGACUAUCAGCUCCUCUUUGCCGCGCAGGCUGAGCGGGACGACCAAGUGACUGCGAUUGACUGGCUGCUGGACGAGUCGUACCUGCAGGUCGCAUGCCUGUCAAACACGUUUUACGUCUCCAUGGGUGAGCAGCGCGUGGUGAACGCAACAGAGAC